ACUUUUGAAGAUCUGUGUAAAAACAUUUUUAUAUUAGAGCAAUAGAGUUAUGUCAAUGAACUUGUUAAUCUUAUAAGAACUCUUCGGUUUUUGUGUUACGUUUUUGCGUUCUUUGUGUUUUGAAAUUCGAAUUUGAACAACAAGUGGCCCAAACAAGGAAGUGUUAUUAGGCUCUAUUUCCGCUUAGGGGCUUAGUAUCCCGCUUUAUAAAUGCAAAGUACCCGUUCGCUUUCAAGGUCACAUCGAUCUUAUCGCCCAUACCUCGUGUAUUGGCAAUGACGAUUGUGAUAAGCGUGUUUUUGGUUUUUAUCGAUAACCAGCUCCUUGAGUCACGUAUGCCAUUUCAUAACGCAGGUGUUUCUGUGAUGUUAUGUAAAUAAAAUAAUUUGUGGAAUAAGUGUAUUAAAUUAAUACUAACAGUCCGUUUUCAAUAUUUUAAAAUUUAACUGGUGUAGUGCAAAAUCUUUCUUUCCAAUUUUAAUGAACGUGAUUUGUUCAAAAUACAAAUUUAAAUUGUUAUUUCUAGAGAGUUAAUCGCGUUUAUGUUGUAAGUUUCCAAUUGGACUUUACAAUGCACAAUCAAAGGCGAUUUAGUAAUGGCAAAAGUGCAACGACAUUACCAGGAAGCUCUCAUUUAAGGGUAUCAGAGGCGGUACACAUAUCUGAUCCAGCCCAUUCUGCGGAGCUCCUCGCCCGAUUGCAUAAUAACGACAAAGCAAGAUUUUCGGACACGAGUUGGCAAAUACAUCGAACGUGGACACGAAAUGGGGACCCAAUACCUCGAUCGCCAGAAACUGCGCGUGCGCCGACGAAACAAUCACCGACCGCCUCACCUGACGUACGACAAGACGACCAGAAUGGAAUCUAUGACACCAUCACUGUGAGAGAUAAGACUCGUGCAGUCAGCGCGCCAGCUACGCCUGGACCUCUAACUUUCGCAACAGAAUACGGAGGCCCAAGAUCUAUAAGCUACUCUGGAAGCGGAGGUCCGGCUUCGCGACUUGAUUUGUGCUAUGUGGCGGAACGAAUGCUGGCUUUACACCUGCCUCACAGGGACGCACAAGCUGAGGCCCAAGCCGCGCAUAUGCUGACUAAUAAACAUGGCGAACAUUUUAUGAUAUUCGAAGUGAGUGGAGAUAUGACAAACGAUGGACGAGCUGCACGUAGUGUAUUCGGACGGGCUCGGUCUCUCGGCUGGCCUGGAGACUUGGCGCCACCUCUGGAACGGUUAUGCGCUGCUUGCAAACACAUAGAAAGCUGGCUUGCUGCACACCCAAAGAACGUCGCCAUUUUACUUGCAUGGGGUAACCGCGAACGUUUAGGAGUUCUCGUAGCGGCUUACAUGCACUAUUCAGCCAUAUGUGGUGCACCGGAACAUGCCUUGGACCGAUAUGCUAUGCGACGGUAUCUGGAUGACCGAGUCCCAGUUUUUACACUUCCUUCUAAUAAACGAUAUAUAGACACAUUCGCCGGUUUAUUGGCAGGACAGAUACGCGUGAACUCAGCUCCUCUUCACCUAACGCACGUGAGCGUCGCAGGCUCGCUUGCAGCGCCAUCUACACCUACAAUCGCCUUUCUUAAGAUCUACGAGAAUUACACUUGUGUUUAUACUUCAGGUCUGUACAUGGUGAACGGUGGCGGCUGGACCGUAGGCGUCGGUCGCUUGUCCCUCCGGGGAGAUGUGCUCGUACGAGCGUAUCGUCGCACUACGCAUGCGCACGCUGCGCGCCAUCUAGUGUUCGCGUGUCAGUUCCACACGUGCGCUGUCGUCGAUCACACGCUCUCCUUCACUAAGCUGCAACUUGACCACGCUCUGCAUGAUCCAUCGUUUCCAAGUGAUGGCGCAGUAGAGCUGGUGUUCGCAAGGGGUGAGGGGUCAGGCGGUGCUGCCCCGGCGCCAACUCCCGCGGCUCCUCUUCGCGCAGCCCCAGAUGCUUUGGCUAGAGCAGAUUCUCUUGAACAUCUACGACCCAUAUCUACGCUUACUGAUGAUGAACCAGGUGACAAUAACGGCAGCGCUGAAGGAUCUGGAGGUGAGGCGGGGGAGGGUGGCGAAGCUGCUCAUACAUUCGGUCCUUUAGACGGGUCUAUCUACGCGACGGUGGUGCGCGCUAGCGGCGGCCCUUCUUCACCGCUCAGCGCCUCAAUGGACUCUGGUAUUUCGUCAGCGGGCCGACGGGCCGCCCCCAGUCCACCCGACGAACUUGAUGCCCUUCUGGGGGACAUGCUACGUACCGUGAGCGCCCUACCAGACCCACCGCCUGCGCCCACUACGCCGCAGUCUAACUCUGAUCGUACGCCUGAUAUACCGUAUCACGCUCGCACCGAUUCUGCACCAUUCACCUACGGCGCCCCAGGUCUCCGCCCCGGAAUGUUACGCGCUUCCAACCGCCUCGCCAGUCCAGAACUGGUGCGACGAGCCCUUGGAACUGACCGUGGAUACCAACAUAUUGAAGAUGAUGAUGAUGAGCGAACAAUUACACCAGACCCAUCACCGCGUACCCCACUAUCACCGAGGACUCUCAGGAAGUUGACAUAUGAAGAUGUAACUACAACUACGACAGCUGCCCCGUCUUCACCUUUAAGGAAUGGAAGGUGGACAAAUGGUGAUUCAGAAUGGGUAAACCAACCAAAUAGCGCUCGUAAGUUAACCCAAGAUGCCGAAUGGAUAGAAAAUAAAACCAAUGGGCGAAAGGUUGACAAUGACACCUGGAGAUCUACAAGCACAAUUGGUUGGCAUGAAACAACAAGGAGUCGGGAGCCAAGACGGUCAGAAAGCGGUAUAGAAGGGAACUCGGGCCUCACGUGGCUACAAAGACAACAGCAGAAGCUGAGGGAAAGGAAGGAAGCCAGGGAAAGGGUUGCAAGAUUACCGCUCGAAUGGGAUGCACCUUCAAGAUUGCAUGUUCGCCGAUCUGCAAGCCAUCGUGUUGAUGGAUACACGAGUGACACAACAGCGUUUGCCGAUGACGAUGAUGACUUCAGUGUCCCUCUACAUGUCAACACACGCACCAUUCACAGAACCGAUAGCAUCAGCCCACAAGCCCCUGACAGGACUUCGUCUAGGAAGUUCAUGUACGAGAAGAUGACGUUACGUGAAUGGAGUGGCAGUAGUACACCAACCACGCCCGGUCUGCUAUCACUCGCACCCGCUAACAAUGAUACCACGGGCCGCGAACGUUCAGAGAGCUGGUCCCGAGCAGAGUCCCGCACAGAAUCCCGAGCGGGAACGCCAGCCUUUCCCACCCAUCCCCGAACUCCUUAUCCGCCCACACCCACCCCUUCACUCUCUGCGAGACCACCACGCUCCCCACCGUCUGUAAGAAAAGACCGUGAAGGCAGCCCUGAGUCCGAAUACCGCACUUACAACGGUAGUAAUGGUUCAAGACGAUCCAGUAUCAGCGGGUCGGAACUGCAACACGUAGCCCCUGAUAGAGUAAGGUUCGCAAGAGACACCAGCCAAUAUUGGUACAAACCCAAUAUUUCACGAGAUGAUGCGGUAUCAGCCCUUCUUCAGCAAGAAGAGGGCGCGUUCAUAGUUCGCGAUUCGAACUCAUUCCCGGGUGCGUUCGGGCUCGCUGUACGUGCAAGUGGCGGCGUACGACAUUUCCUCAUAGAACCGACUGCGAGAGGCGUUCGCCUUCGGGGGUGCCCAGAUGAACCGGUAUUUAGCUCGCUGUCAGCCCUGGUAUAUCAACAUACUGUCACUCCCCUGGCCUUGCCCGCGGCUUUGAAGCUGCCUGAUAGAGACCUGUGGACUGGCGGCAGCGCUAAUGCAGCGGCGCGUGCAUUACUCGCUACAGGCGCGGCUUGCAACGUCUUACUACUCGGCUCUGAGAAUACGGAGGCUUUGACUGGACCAGCAGCUGUUAAGCGAGCUGUACAGAACAUUUUGCAGAAGAAGGUCGCAGCGCACGUUGUUCAUUUCAAAGUAUUUGGUGGUGGCAUCACACUGACUGAUUCGACGAGAAAGCUAUUUUUCAGGCGGCACUACCCAUCAAACACUGUUUCCUACGCAGGCAUUGACCCAGACGAACGGCGAUACCUCUACGUUGAUAAUGGGAAACAGGGUGAAAAGCGCAUAUUCGCAUUUGUCGCUCGUUCUACAUCAGGCGCUGAUAACCAGUGUCACGUAUUCGCUGAACUCGAACCUGAACAGCCAGCAACUGCAAUCGUUAACUUUGUUAAUAAGGCACUAUUAGGGAACACACAGAAGCGAGACAUUAUCUAAUACAACAAGAACGAUGGGAGAAACUUGCUUUUCGAACACAAAUUUCACUGUGUCAAACACAAGCCAUCAAUCGAAAUAUUAAUUUUUAAAAAUAUUCCAGUGUUAUUAUUUUAUUAAUUUGGUAUGUGGAUAUAUUUUAUAUUAUCAAAGAUUUAAUUUAUACGCUUGAAAUUCACCAAGUACAAUUAUAACUAUGAAAUAAAUAUACCGUAGGUAGAUAAUGUAUUGAACAUUAGGUUAGAAAAACUAACUAGUCUCAUUAAUGUUAACAUAGAUAGUAGUGAUAACAUGUGCCUAAUUCGUUAUGUAGCUUUCACCCAAAUUAAUAGCAUUUAUAUUAAAUAUAUAGUUUGGCAAGCGCACUAGUAUUUGUAUAUAUAUAUAUUUAUUUUAAUAUCAUAUAUUUUAUUUACAUAGUGAACAACGAAAAAUACUAGUAUCUUCAAGCAUUUGUGUACUGUUAAAUCGAUUAAUUAAUAUAGUUUACUAUAUUGUCCAUAGCAAAUUACUACUAGUUACUAAAGAGGCAUUAUAUGCCUCCGGCGCUGAACUAAAUAUUUGUGACAGGUGUGUACCUCUACCGCAAUACAUAACUGUAUAGGAUCGACUAUGGCGAAGUAUGAUUUAAAUACGUGGUCACGUGACCAAUUCUAUAACAGUUUGCAUGAUUAGUGGUACACGUAUUUCACAUUUAUUUUUGUCUUGAGCCUCUGACAAACCAGUAAACAGAAAAUACCUAUUAAAAUGUAAUUAAUUCAGCACAAGUCUCAGUGUAUGGUUAAUUUAACACUAGAUUAAUGAAUGUUGUAAAAUGUAUUUAUUGGUAAAGAAUAAAAAAAUUUAAUGUAA